AUGUCAGGUGCAGAUUGGAGUCAAUGGAGCAAUACAUGUGAAACACAAGGUGAAAGCAGACGCCGCACGAAGUCUUGCCUAUUUUUCGGUUACUUCAGUAUUCGCGGUAACAAAUAUCAGAAUUACCGUAACAAUGAAGGAAAGUGUAUUAAGGAAGAACUGGACAACUGCAAAGAAACGUGUAGCAGCAGAGGUGAAGUAUGUUCCGACCGAGACGACUGUUGCCCAAAUGAGAACCUUGCCUGUGGCGUGUUAAAGCAUUGCUGUAGAGAAACAGGGGGAGCUUGCUCCAUUGACGAAGACUGUUGUAGAGGAUUGGCUUGUAAUAGAGGCGAAUGUAUAGUUGAUCCUGGCCAACCUACCUGCAAAAAAAGAGACGUUGUUUUUGCACUGGAGACAUCUUGCUCGAUUGCCGAUAGCGACAAAGAAGAUAUUCGCUCUGCUCUUGUUGAAUUUCUGCGUAAAAUACAGAUAGACCCAGUUAAUGGUACACAGAUAGGAGCGCUAACAUUCAAUAAAGGCGCUCAUCGUGUCGCAUAUCUUUCUGAUUCUGACGACCCCGAUCACUUGGUACGGCUGGUGGAAAACAUGAACUUGACAGCGGCUGGAUGUAGAACAGAUUUCUUUGAAGCUUUUCGUGCAGCCGAGCAUGAGUAUUUUACUCCCGCAAAUGGUGAUCGUCCAUAUGUCGAUAACCUUUUUAUCAUGAUAACCGAUGGUGUAAUUACAGAUCCAGCUGAGGUCAGCCGUCAAAGCAGUAGGAGCUGUGGCAGAGUCCAGCUCAAGAUGCAGUGGAGUGCUUUAGCGAGUGAUCCCCGAGUUCUAACCACCACUGCCCCACUCAGAUUAUGA